CAAAGGACCUGGCCAAUACUUCAAAGGAACAUCCUCUUUGCUAUAAAUAUGCAUAGCCUCAAUACUCUUGACACACCAAGCCCUACAAGGAGAGAAAGAGCUCAAUAUUUAACAUUCACUAUGGCAGCAAAAGGUAAUCAAGUUGAUCCAGAGAAGUUGAAGUUGCUUUUGGAAGAUCAAAAAGAUAGUAAUAAGCAAAGAGAGAAACACUUCAAGUCCAGCGAGACAGUCCGAGACAUCGUUCUCGGCGUCUCCGAUGGUCUUACCGUCCCUUUUGCACUUGCCGCUGGCUUGUCCAGCGCCAACGUGCCAUCCUCUAUUAUUGUUGUUGCUGGUAUUGCUGAAGUUGUAGCUGGUGCUAUUUCCAUGGGACUUGGCGGAUAUCUUGCAGCAAAAAGUGAAGCAGAAGUGUACAACAGUGAACUGAAGCGAAAAGAUCAAGCAAUCAUCGACGAUCCUGAGCUUGAGGCUGCUACAACUGAAGAAAUCCUAUCAAAGUAUGGGAUAGAGCCGCAUGAAUCUGAACCAGUGGUGAAAGCACUGAGGAGGAACCCUCAACUUUGGGUUGAUUUCAUGAUCAAGUUUGAGCUGGGAUUGGAAAAACCAGAUCCACUGAGAGGACUAAUAAGUGGGAUAACAAUUGCAACAUCUUACAUGGUGGGAGGAUCGGUGCCACUGUUGCCAUACUUGGUGUUUCCAGUUGCAAGUGAAGCUUUGAUUGCAUCUAUCGCCUUGACAAUAAUAGCAUUAAUGAUUUUCGGGUUAGCUAAGGGCUACUUUACUGGCAGUAACCCAUUCAAGAGUGCCAUACAAACUGCCUUCGUUGGUGCCUUCGCUUCUGCAGCUGCCUACUACUUGGCUAAGCUUCUAAAACAUUAAUCAUUAGCAUAAGUCUACUCGAUAAUAUUAAUCUUUUCUCUUUUUAAUUUGAGCUUGUAGUUGGCUUGUCUCUUAAUUUGA